AUGUUUCUCUUCUCACAUAAGACCAAGACUCCCAUCAGCACCUACACUGACUCCUAUAGAGUUCCUACCUCCAUCAAGGAGGUCUACAAGGACCCAUCUCUCCGUGUCUGGGAAGUCAACAAGUUUGUGACCCGGGGCCUUACUCAGAGAAUGCAACAUCCAGAGAAUCUUGAUGAUCUGCAAAGGAUGGUCAAUUGUACUAUGCAGGACUAUACUUACAAAGACACCUUCACAGGUCACCCCUACUUUCCUGAGAAAUACUGGAUCUCUCCAUUGGAAGUUAACAGAUGCCCCCCAAACUACCAAUGGGGAGACCAGUACAACUCCUGGAGGAUGGAGCCUUACUACUACGUCAGCUGGAACAACAGAUACCCCACAUUCCUUCCCCCGCUGCCUAAGCAACCGGCCCAAACACUGAGAGCCCUGGGGGAUGCGGCCGAGGGCGCAGGCCAGGCCGGGUAUGGAGGACCUGCAAGAGCCCCUCAGAAGGAGCAAGUCUUCGUGGCCAGAGAUAGAGUUAGCAUGUUGUGCCCCUUCCAGGCGCCGGGGAUGGAGACAGUGGGUAGAGCCAAGCCAGUGGAGUGUCUCCCUACACCCUUGAGACUCAGUGCUUACGACCAAGAGGUGAGAAUGAACCCGCUGACCUCGCUGUCCCGGUACCAGCCGCUGCCGCAGAUCACGCCCCGUUGCGGGUGCAUGAGCCCACUCCCGGGUCGUCUGCCUUUGCAGGGCUACGAAAGCCCUUGUUCCGGCCGCCACUACUGUCUGCGUGGGAUGGAUUACAUCAUUACCGGGGCACCCUGCGGCGAAAGCACUCUACAGCUCCCGCGGGUUCAGCAGCCGACUGUAAGGAGUACAUUACCCUACGAUCACCGGCCCGGAAUGCAAUGUUCUGUAAUAACUCCCCCGCCGUCAUUCUUCCCUUACCCCAGUCUCCAAUGGAAAACAAGUCAUUUCAAGAAGACAGGUGGUGCACAGAAAGACAACUAUGUGGUUCAUCCAGAGUUUGCCUCAGAGAUCUAUGCUGAGAGCUGUUAGGACCCCAGGCCGGUGGGAAUAAGGGGGUGAAGAAAUAAAUACUCUUCACUUCAAAGGGUCCUUACCAGUAGUGUAAGGACUUCUAUUGUGUCCUAACCCAGUAGGAUCCCACAGUGAAUCUUUGCUUAAGCCUCUCUCUGCCCAGCCCUCUCAACUGAGAUACACUGUGUUCGUCAUCUCUUCUAAGCCUCCCAGCCCCUCACCUUACUGGGAUGUUCUGAAGGGCCUCCUAAUUGGGCCUGUCCCCAAUGGAUGUCCUCUUCCCUUCCACUUCACAGCCCAAACCAAUGGAUUCAUUUUUCCUUGUAGGGAGGAUUCUCUACACCCAUUUCCAAUGCCCAGAAGGGCCUUCUGGCUGACAUUUCAAUAGUCCCAUGUGAGAUGCCCCUCAGCCUUUUAUUUCAGUAAACUCC